CUUGUGAUGCAAUUCGAACUUGAGACCUCUGCCGUCUUCAGCCCAAAUCCUGCUUGGGUAUUCCAGCAAACUGGUAAAGAUCACAAAACAACAAUGGCCGCUCCAGCAAAAUGCUUUCUGGUCACUGGCUCCCCUGGCGUGGGUAAAACCACUUUGAUUGCCAAGAUUGUGGAGACUCUCAAAUCAUCCAACCCCAAUUUAAAGAUUCAGGGUUUCUUCACCCGUGAGAUGAGGCAAGAAGGAGAGAGAGUAGGGUUUGAGGUGGUUACAUUAGAUGGCCGUACUGCUCCACUUGCUUCUAUCAAUACUUCAAGUGCAGAGUCCAAUAGAUGGCCUAUGGUGGGGAAAUACAAAGUCGAUGUAGCGUCGUUUGAGUCUUUGGCGUUGCCUGAGUUGCAGGUCAAAGAAGACACGGAUCUAUUUGUGAUUGAUGAAGUUGGUAAGAUGGAGUUGUUUAGUUCAUUGUUCUUCCCUGCAGUGCUGCGAGUUCUGGAGUCUAACAAACCGUUUCUAGCUACCAUCCCUGUUCCAAAAGCUGGUCGAAAUAUACCUGCUGUUGCAAGGUUGAAGAAUCAUCCAGGCGCGACCGUUUUUAGUCUAACAAAAAGCAAUAGGGAUGCUAUGAAAGAUCAAAUAUGUUCCCAGUUGGCGGGCCAGCUGGUUUAACCCGUUUACUCCUUUUUUGGGCUUCUUCCUAGACAUAUACGAGGAGUCGUGCUUCCAUAUCGUAACAUAACGCAGUCAGGGGUACACCACUUAAAGACUGGUCAUCUUCGCUCUGCAUUAUUAUAGAAGCAAAAAGGAUAAGAACACUUAACUAAUUAAGAUGAUAUUAAUGUAGAAUCUAUUACUGUUAGAUUGCAGUUGGAAUCAGAAGUUACCUGUUGAUUAAACGAUACCAUUGGAAUCAAAAGUGGAGAUGAUGCAUCCCAAAAGUUUAUAGCACCAUUGCUGUGUCCUGUUAUAUAUAUGUUCUUAAAAUUCGAGAAACUGCUAAAACCGCUUGACGAAGAUCCAUCUUUUUGCUUA